AUGAAAGCUGAAGCACAUGGAGUCUCUGGGCGCUCCUUCACGAAGGAGGAGUGUCUGAGUGGCGAUCUGCUUGUGGCGCUGCUCCGCGGUCGCCCCCCGGGGCCCCCGACGCCGGAGCUCCGGGACUUGGCCUGGAGGCUUCUCUCCGCGAUGCCUCUCGUUGGUCUGGCCUUAGAAGAUGUGCUUCAACUGCCGGAGGUCCUUGGCCACAGCUGGGCCACCUACGAGCUUCUCGUAGGCUUCGGCCACGACAGCCUCCAGGCAUCGCGAGCUUCUGGGCUGACAGGGCCCGUCGACUCGUGGGGCGUGGCCAUGGAAAUCUGCCGUCGGAGACGUCGGGAGGACGUUCGUGACUCCGGUGGCCCAGGUGGAAGUGUUUUUGGUCGCUUGCAUGCGGCCCUGCACGCUGCCCUGCGUGCCGUCGGCGCGGCAGGGGGCGGCUGGGCUUUGCUGGCAGCGCUCCGGGCCAUAGGAAAGCACAGCAAGGAGCCUCAAGAUGAGGCUUUGGGGCAAAAGACCGACCAAGGCAGCGGGAAGGGACUUAAGGGGCCCCGACAUGUGGCUGUGAUCAUGGAUGGAAACCGGCGCUUCGGCCGGCGGGUGCAUGGCGAUGCGCUGAGCGGGCAUCGUGCAGGUGGUGAGAAGCUUCGAGAGUUCUUGCUCUGGAGCGUGGAGCUCGGUGUCGAGUUUCUUACAGUUUUCGCAUUCUCGACCGAGAAUUGGAAGCGGGAUCCGGAGGAGGUGGCGGCGAUGAUGCGGCUCUUCCUCUCCGAAGUCCCUCGCCUCCAGGACCACGCCCUCAGGAACAACGUUCGCGUGCGCUUCCUCGUGUCCGAUGCGGAGCCCCUCCCUGCGGAUGUUCGCUGCGCGAUCUCCGAGCUCGAGAAGCGAUCGUCUUCCAUGACAGGCUUGUUGCUGAACGUCUGCCUCAGCUACGGUGGGCGUUGUGAUGUCAGUCAGGCCUGCCGAGCUCUCGCCGAGCAGGUGAAAAAGGGUGAACUGGAGCCUUCUGAAAUCGAUGAUGGCAUGGUGAAGCAGCAUUUACUCACGGCUGAUGUCCCAGAUCCAGACGUUUUGAUCCGCACCUCCGGCGAGCGGAGGCUCAGCAAUUUCAUGAUGUUUCAGCUGGCAUAUGCCGAACUUUUCUUCCUGGAGAAACACUGGCCAGAGGUGACUCAGCAGGACUUUGGCGAUAUUGUGUCACAGUUUCAGAAACGACAGCGUCGAUUUGGCAAGUGA